GGCCUCGAUAAAGCAAAUAUGUUUCUUCUCAUACAGCGAUGCCACUUCCAUGCACCUUUCAAAAGUGAGACAACUUGCUCUUCUCUCAGCCUCCGUCUGCAGAGAGAUGUGUGUCUUCUCUCAAGAUUUCCAAGCCUCAACACAGCACCAGUAUAUGCAACCAAGCUGCAGGCUUUUCACACCUCUCUCCCCUUCUUCAAGAAGAAAACCCCCAAAGAAUCUGAGACCAAAGAACCAGGUGUCUUGGAACGAAGUAUGAAAGCACUGAAGGAUUCUCCAAAGCCAGCUCUUUACUUAAGCCUUGCAGGGCUGAUUCCAUUUGUUUCCGUGCCACUGUCAAUGGCAAUCCAAGGGACCUACUCCCCAGAGCUCGCCUUUGCUCAGAUUACAUACGGUGCAGUAACAGUCUCUUUCCUAGGAGGAAUGAGGUGGGGGUUUGCUCUCCCAGAAAACAGCCCUGCCAAGCCAGACUGGCUGAACCUGGCCAACAGUACAGUUCUUCCUAUACUUGCCUGGCAAGCCUUCGUUUAUGAAGAUAUCACUCAUGGUGCAAUAAUGCUAGUGAUAGCCUUAGGGAUAGCACUACAUUAUGAUGUAUCCCUUCUUCCUACUUACCCUAGGUGGUUUAAAGUACUCCGGGUACUGGGAACAGUGGUGAUGGUAUUUUCACUAUUAGCUACUGCAGCAUUGAAGACUAUUUCAGAGGAGCAGCUAAGUAAGAGCACAAAUAAAUGGCAGAACACAAAAUAA